UUUUCUUCUUUUUUCUCGCGUUCUUCUCUCUCUUCUUUCUCAUCGCUAAACGGAGAAACCUAUGGCGAUUCGCCGUUUUGCCGUGAAAAUCACCCGAUUCACCUUGAAUCGUUGGAUUUUCCGGCUUAAACACGAAAUAUCAUCAGAUAUGAAAGAGAUUUGUCGAGGUUUCGGGUUCCAAUCGAGAUUUCCCUCGAUGUGACGAUUCGUUGCUCAAGGUCUUCUAGCUCCGUCUGCGAUAACGAUGGCGGAAGGUUCUUGUGAUGGGAUUAAGGGGACGACGAGGUCAACCGGCUGGCGUAUCGCACACACAGAAGGUUCGUCAUCUAAUCUUUGAUUAGGGUUUGUGAGGUUAGGGUUUGUUAGGAGAAUUGUAAUCUAGUGUGAGUGUUUACAAUUGUGAUUGGGUUUAAAAUUCUGAUCGAUUGUGAUUGGGUUUACAAAUCCGAAUGGAUUGAUAUCACGAUUUAGGCUAAAUCAAGAAAUUUGGUUGGGUUUGACUUUAAUUGUGGGUUUACUUAUGCGAUUCCUUCUCUGCACCUUUAACCAGACUGAGGAACCGUAUGUUAUUGUUUGUUGUCUGAUAAUUAGUCACAUGUGGUAUAGUCUGUUAGUGUUCAAAUUUGAUUAUAAUUAAGUGGUUUUCUGUUGUGUUUUGUUAAGGUCUCAUGAACCGUAUGUUGAUGUUUGAUGUCUGAUUAUUAGUAACUGGUUUUAAUUGUUUGUUGUGUUCAAGUUUGUUUAGAAUAAUGUGGUUUUAUGUUGUGCUGUGUUAAAGUCUAAUCAACCGUGUGUUGUGUUAUAGUCUAAUCAACCAUGUGUUGUGUGAUCAUUAGUUAUUAAGUCUCGUUUCUGUUGUGUUCAAGUUUGAUGUGUUGUUAUGUUCAAGUCUGAUGUGUUGUUGUGUUUUGCUGUGUUAAAGUCUAAUCAACCAUCAACUGGUUUUAUGUCCUGUUGUGUUCUAGUCUGAUGUGUUGUUGUGUUCAAGUCUGAUGUGUUGUUGUGUUCUGCUGUGUUAAAGUUUAAUCAACCGUGUGUUGUGUUAUAGUCUAAUCAACCGUGUGUUGUGUGAUUAUUAGUUAUUAAGUCUCGUUUCUGUUGUGUUAUGUUGUGUUCAAGUCUGAUGUGUUGUUGUGUUCAAGUCUGAUGCGUUGUUGUGUUCUGCUGUGUUAAAGUCUAAUCAACUAUCAACUGGUUUAAUGUCCUAUUGUGUUCUAGUCUGAUGAUGAACCGUGUUAACUGGUGUUACGUGGUUUUGUGCGAGGUGUGCAUGGAGUCGUGUAAGUGUACUACAGAGAAGUGUACCACAGAGAAGUGUGUAUGGGCAGAAGUCUUUGUUGGGUGUGUUACUCCAAAGUGAAGAAGAAAAAAGCCUGUGUAGAGAGAGAAGAAGAAGAAGAAGACGACGACGACGAAGUCAAGAGAGAGAGAGAAACAAUGGCGGAGGAGACGAUGGAGAACGAAGAGAGGGUGAAUCUGUUCGUCGGACAAGUUCCGAAGCAUAUGACGGAGGCUCAGCUCCUCACAUUGUUUCGGGAAUUCUCUAUCGUUGAUGAAGUCAACAUCAUUAAGGAGAAGACUACACAAGCUUCCCGAGGAUGUUGUUUUCUGACAUGUCCUUCAAGGGAAGAAGCAGACAAGGUGGUCAAUGGUUUUCAUAACAAGAAGACCUUGCCUGGGGCUUCUAGCCCGUUACAAGUCAAAUAUGCAGAUGGCGAGUUGGAAAGACUAGAGCACAAACUUUUUGUCGGUAUGCUUCCAAAGAAUGUAUCUGAAGCUGAAGUCCUAUCCUUAUUCUCUGUAUACGGAACCAUCAAGGAUCUACAGAUUCUAAGAGGGUCUAUACAAACUAGCAAGGGAUGUCUGUUUCUGAAGUAUGGGUCUCAACAACAAGCGGUCGCAGCUAUGGAAGCCCUCAACGGAAGACAUAUAAUGGAGGGUACAAAUGUUCCUUUGAUUGUCAAAUGGGCAGACACAGAAAAGGAAAGACAAUCCCGAAGACUUCAAAGAGUUCAAUCUCAUAUCUCCAGACUGGAUCCGCAAAACCCCUCCAUGUUUGGAGCAUUACCUAUGAGUUAUGUUCCUCCUUACAAUGGAUACGGCUAUCAUGUACCUGGAACUUAUGGUUACAUGCUACCACCUAUCCAUAGUCAACAUGCAUUUCACAAUGUAAUUUCACCGAACCAAGUUAACGGAGGAAGUGCAUUGCAGGGAACCGCUUUGACCGAGUCUGUCCCACCACGUUUAGCCCCCCGAAGAAACUUCCCAACGGCUCUCGGAAACUAUGGUUACAAUGGUCUACAGUAUCCUAUGGCAUUUCCUAGAGGGAUGAUACCUCCUCGCCUUCCUCUAACCACAGUUUCACCUGGAUUUUCUAAGAACGGCACAUCAAUACCGUCCUCGCUACAAACUGAAGGACCAGCAGGUGCAAAUCUAUUUAUUUAUAAUAUACCUCGGGAAUUCGGGGAUCAAGAACUCGCGGUUGCGUUUCAAUCUUUCGGUAAGGUUCUAAGCGCCAAGGUGUUUGUAGACAAGGUCACUGGUAUAAGCAAAUGUUUCGGAUUCAUUAGUUAUGACUCACAAGAGGCUGCUCAGAAGGCUAUUAACACAAUGAACGGUCGCCAGUUAAGCGGUAAGAAAUUGAAAGUCCAGCUUAAGAGAGAGCAGCAGCAACAACAGAGUAACAAACCGUUAUUAAACGGUUUAUUAAACGCGUAAAAACCACUGACUUGUCUUCAUCGUUAAGACUUUGCGGGGCAGUUUAACGGCAAAUCAGUCCGGUUAAUUUAGACAUUAAGAUGGAUCUUGAUUGGGGUGGAUGGAACUCAAGUACAAACAUUGUUGGCCGUUAUUAACAUUUGACAAUCCAAGUCUCUCAUAUGGUUCAGAAAUUAUUCUCCGCUCACUCAGAAAAGCUGUAUCUUCCUGCAAAAGGAUUCUCCUCCACACUCACUUUUUUUUUUCCUCUAAAAUUUGCUUCAUUACAAUCUGUAAUUUAUGUCAUUGAAAAUUCCAUGUAUAAACUGUUACGAUUAUUAACCACUUUAAAUUCAUUUAUUUUUGAAAAUA